AAUGUCGUUAUGGAUCCAAAUGUGGUUUUUGUUACUCCAGACAAAUUUGUUCUGAAAGAAGCAUCACGAGAGAUAGUUACAAUAUCCUACAAUGCAAGAAAUCAAGAGCCGUAUUAUCAGUUGAACAAAUUAUGUACAGUGUGUUUUUUCUAUGGUGAUGAGGUAUCCCGACAGCAGUUUCGCAGGGCAGUACUGUUCAAGCCAGAGAUGGCCCAAAAAGUCAUUGCAGAGUUUUCAAAGUUAAAAAAUACAAGAUUUGAUGAAGAGUUCCCAGGUGAACAGCUAGUCUGUGAAGUCUAUGAUUUGCCUCAAAGACCAAAUGACAUCCAGCUUUUCUAUGGAAAUAUGCACAAAAUUGUACUAUCAGUUGUUGGAUGCACAGAUAUUAACUUAGCCAGGACAUCUGUUCAACCAUCUCUAGGCACUGGCUUGGGCAGAGCUGCUGAAAAUACACAAAGAAGCAUUAGUAACACAUCAUUGGAUGAUCUGCCUGUGAAAGGCCCUCAGGGAUCUCAUUUGUCAAAUGUUGACAUACCUUUAAGAAAUGGCAACAGAUCUGAAAAUACUUUGAUUGUGCAACCAGAG